UGAUCUCUUUCUCAUCUCCUUUCUUCUCUUUCUUCCACCAUCUUUCCUCAUUCCUUCUCUUCUUCUUCUCUCUCUCUCUCUCUCUCUCUCUCUGUCUCUCUCUCUCUCUCUCUCUCUCAUCUGUUGCAUCUCUCCACCUAUUUUUCAACUCAGAAACUACAGAUCCGAGGAAAUAUAGAAUCAUCAGUCAAUCAAAGCAUCAAAUCAAGUAGGGGGAAGCAGCAAGUCGUUGGGGAAAAAGACCUGAUUCCUCCCCCUCCGUCUCUCUCUCUCUCUCCCUCAGUCUUUCUCUGUCUGGGGAGAGAUCUCCUUCGGUUGGCCAUCCAUCAAAUCACAGCUGCCGCAGCAUGUCAUCCUCCUCAGCCGCCUUUUCCUUGGACCACCUCUCCCCACCUCCUCCUUCCGAGCAGCUCUGCUACGUCCACUGCAACCUUUGCGACACCGUCCUCGCGGUGAGUGUUCCCUUUACCAGUUUGUUCAAGACGGUGACUGUGAGGUGUGGCCACUGCACCAACCUUCUCUCCGUCAACAUGAGGGGCCUUCAUCUCCCGCCCGCUAACCAAAUCCACCUUACCCAUCCCUGCUUGAUCCCAUCUCACACCAGUCUUUUGGAUGAACUACAAUGCCAGCCUCCGAGCUUGCUGCUGGAUCCAUCCAUUCUGUGCAAUGGCAACAACAACAACAACAGCAGCAGCAGCAGCCGCCUCAUCAACAGCAUCACCUCCACCACCAACAACAAUACCAUCAGCAACUGCAACACUAUGGCGCCAGUGAAAGGAGUAGGAGAAGAGCUUCCACGGACCCCAGUCGUCAACAGACCUCCAGAGAAGAGGCAGAGAGUUCCUUCCGCAUACAACCGGUUCAUCAAGGACGAAAUCCAACGCAUUAAGGCUGGGAAUCCCGACAUCACGCACAGAGAGGCCUUCAGCGCCGCUGCAAAGAACUGGGCUCACUUCCCACACAUCCAUUUUGGUCUGAUGCCCGACCAGGGUCUGAAGAAGGCCAGCGUGCGCCAGCCGGAGGGUGAGGAUGUUCUUCCCAAGGACGGGUUCUACGCCACGGCAGCUGCUGCAAACAUGGGGGUCGCUCCUUUCUGAGCUGCUGCUAGCUGCCACCACUGUUGUUAGCGUUGUUCCUUUGCUUGCGGUCUUUACUUAGGGUUUUCUCUUCCUUCUUCUUCUUCCUCUCUCUUGUUCUACUUGGACUUCUUGUCGAGUUAAGGGCGGUCAUAAUGGGUGCAGACACCUGUGGAAAAGGUUGGUGGUGCUAUCUGCCAUUGUCUACAAAACGUGUCUUUGGAUGGACAGUUUAAACUGUGUAAGAAGUGCUGCACUUCUACUAUUCUUUCUUGCUUUCUCGUA